AUGGCCUCCGAUAACAGUAUCAUUGUGCUGGAUGAUGAUGAUGAAGACGAAGCAGUUGUGCAGCCAGGGCCCUCCCACGCGCCCCCCCACCCGGCCUCACCCCCACACCCGGCCUCACCCCUCCACCCGGCCUCACCCCUCCACCCGGCCUCACCCCUCCACCCGACCUCACCCCCCCACCCGACCUCACCCCCCCACCCGGCCUCACCCCUGGCAGAAGCCCCUGCCUCCUCUCAGCCCCAUGGGGCAGGAGGGAACAGUAGUUCUGGCGGCAAGAAAUGCUACAAGUUGGAGAAUGAGAAGCUUUUUGAAGAGUUCCUUGAGCUGUGUAAGGCGCAGACGGUGGACCAUCCUGACGUGGUGCCGUUCCUCAGUAAGCGGCAGCAGCGGGCCCACUCUGUGUUUCUGGCCUCGGCGGAGUUCUGCAACAUCCUCUCCCGGGUGCUGUCCCGGGCCCAGAGCCGCCCGGCUAAGCUCUAUGUGUACAUUAACGAGCUCUGCACCGUCCUCAAGGCUCACUCGGCCAAGAAAAAACUGAACGUAGCCCCUGCCGCCACCACCUCUAGUGAGCCCUCCGGGAGUGACCCUCCUGCAGACCCCUCCUCAGACCCCACGAAUGCCGGGACCACGGGCUCUGAGGCCCCAAGGCCCCGUGGCUCCCGGCGGCAGAUCCAGCGCUUAGAGCAGCUGCUCGCCCUCUAUGUGGCAGAGAUUCGACGGCUGCAGGAAAAGGAGUUGGAUCUCAAAGAAUUGGAUGAUCCAGAUUCCACCUACCUGCAGGAGGCCAGGCUGAAGCGGAAGCUGAUCCGCCUCUUUGGGCGGCUGUGUGAGCUGAAAGACUGCUCUUCGCUGACAGGCCGAGUCAUAGAGCAGCGCAUCCCCUACCGCGGCACCCGCUACCCCGAGGUCAACAGGCGCAUAGAGCGGCUCAUCAACAAGCCGGGGCCUGAUACCUUCCCCGACUACGGAGAUGUGCUGCGGGCCGUGGAGAAGGCGGCGGUUCGGCACAGCCUGGGCCUCCCCCGGCAGCAGCUCCAGAUCUUGGCUCAGGAUGCCUUUCGAGAUGUGGGCGUCAGAUUACAGGAGCGGCGCCACCUCGAUCUCAUCUACAACUUCGGCUGUCACCUCACAGAUGAUUACAGGCCAGGCAUUGACCCUGCACUGUCAGACCCUGCCCUGGCCCGGCGCCUUAGGGAAAACCGCAGCUUGGCUAUGAGCCGACUGGAUGAAAUCAUCUCCAAAUAUGCGAUGAUGCAAGACAAGAGUGAGGAGGGCGAGAGACAGAAGAGGAAAGCCCGGCUCUCCCAAACCACCUCUUCCCAUUCUCCAGAUCCCCCCAAAGCCUCCUUGGAUUCUGGUGAGGGCCCUAGUGGAAUGGCAUCCCAGGAACACCCUACCUCUUCCAAGGCUGAGACAGAUGAUGAAGAAGAUGAGGAAAGUGAGGAAGAGGAGGAAGAAGAGGAGGAGGAAGGGGAAGAGGAGGCAGAAGAAGAAGAGGAGGAAGAAGAGGAGACUACAGAUUCUGAAGAAGAGGGGGAUCUGGAACCAAUACCGGAAAGUCAGGAGGAAGAGGAAGAGGAGGAAGAGAAAGAUAAGGACGGAGACCAGAGCUCCAAGUGCCCACCACAGACCUCCACUGCAAAGAGCCUGGAACCCAGCACAGGGAUCAGCGGGUCUUCAGAGGAGCAGCCAAACAGAGGACUCGUAGUGUUACCAUCUUCGCUGCCAGAAAAGCCCCUGGCACUCGCCAGCACAGAUGCAGGAAGCAAUGAGGACUGUCAGGAGGAGAUGUCCCAGGAGAAAGAGAGCCCUGUGUCUCAGGUCUUUGAGCUUGAGAUUGAAGCCUUGACUGUGGAUACCACCCCUUCCCCUGAGGAGGGGGACAUUUCCUCUUCCAGGAGGCAGUCAGAGGACCCCCUCACCACUGUGGUGGAGAAUGGAGCAGCCAUGGUCACCUCCACUUCCUUCAAUGGCGGUGUCUCUCCUCAUGCCUGGGGAGAUUCUAGUCCCCCCUGCAAGAAAUUUCGGAAGGAGAGGCAAACAGGAGCAGGACCUUUAGGAAACAGCUAUGUGGAAGGGCAAAAGGAAGUCCAUGAGAAGACUGAGAAGAAGAUAUGUACCCUGCCCAGCCCACCUUCCCCUUUGGCUUCCAUGGCACCAGUUGCUGAUUCCUCAACAAGGGUGGACUCUCCCAGCCACGGCCUGGUGACCAGCUCCCUCUGUAGCCCAUCUCCAGCCCAGUUGUCCCUAGCCCCCCAGUUACAACCCUCCCAGCCUAGCACUUACAAGAUGAGUGUGGCCACACAGUGCGAUCCAGAGGAGAUCAUCGUGCUCUCAGACUCUGAUUAG